AUGAAGUUCUUCGAAAUACCAAUCGCGAUUGCGGCCGUAGUAACCUUAUUUUUACCUUGCGAAGCCAAGCUCGGCCAUGGGCUUUCCCAUCUCGACAUUUUAGAGAAGCGCCAUUCGCACAACAGACUUCACGCAUCACCAAGAGUGGAAGACUCUGGGGAUCUAUUACAAAAGCGUAGUACUUGCGCAUUCCCAUCGGAUGCUGGAUUGGUUUCUGUCACACCUGAUUCUAAGAAUGCGGGAUGGGCGAUGAGUCCCGAUCAGGCUUGCACCCCAAAUUCAUACUGUCCAUAUGCUUGCCCUCCUGGCCAAGUGAUGGCACAAUGGAAUCCAAAGGCCACUUCAUACACUUAUCCACUGUCCAUGGAUGGAGGUUUGUUUUGCGAUUCGAAUGGUAAAGUUAGCAAACCAUUUUCCAACCAGCCUUAUUGUGUGUCCGGAACCGGUACAGUUGGAGUUGUGAAUAGUUGUGGCGGAAGUGUUUCGUUCUGUCAAACAGUGCUACCUGGAAAUGAGGCUAUGUUGAUUCCAACAUUAGUAGAAGGAUCUUCUCAAUUGGCGGUUCCAGGGACAAACUACUGGUGUGAAACUGCAGCUCAUUAUUAUAUCAAUGCUCCGGGGGUUUCAACUGCCGAUGCUUGUAUUUGGGGUGAUGGUUCAAAACCUAUUGGAAAUUGGGCCCCAUAUGUUGCAGGGGCUAACACGGAUGCCAGUGGUGAUACCUUCCUGAAGAUUGGUUGGAAUCCCAUUUGGACAGCUUCCUCGCUUUCAAAGACCAUGCCUAGUUUUGGUGUCAAGAUUGAAUGUUCUGGGUCUGGGUGUAACGGACUUCCAUGUUCAAUUGAUCCGUCGGUUGACGGAAUUGGUGGAGUUACCAGCUCUGAUCAAGCCUCUGGUGCCGGAGGUGCCAGCUUUUGUGUUGUUACUGUUCCUUCAGGCCUGACAGCUGAUGUGGUGGUUUUUGAGCUUGGCAGUUCCAGCUCUCCAGCUUCAUCAUCGUCCAAGGCUGCUCCAAGCAGUGCUUCGCCGACGCCAACGCCAACUCCAACUCCAACCCCAACGCCAAGUCACAGCUCAUCAUCUUCAAUCUCUACUACCUCGGCUGCCCCACCAUCAUCAACAAGCAGUUCAAGUUCUAUUUUAUCUACAUCUGUGUCUACGUCGGCAUCUUCAUCCUCAUCCUCAUCCUCAUCCUCAUCCUCAUCAUCUUCUUCCUCCUCCUCAUCUUCUUCCUCUUCCUCAUCCUCUCCUUCGUCAACCUCCAUAAAAGCGAGCUUAACCUCCUCCCUUUACAGCCAUACAACAAGCUCUAUCACUGCUUCAACCUAUCCGACUGACGAAGCCCACGUGUUUCUCCAAGCUGGAAACUCUACUACCAGUGCAGCGAGUACGUUCUUAGCACAAACGGUGACCGGUGCCGGCUCUGGCACUGGUACUGGCGCUGGAUUAAUGAGUCCAAUCACAAGCGCUGCCGCAACUGCUUCCGCCACAGCGUCAAACAAAAAAGAAUCCGCUGCUACAGCAACCGAAGUAUCGAAUUCGAUGUUUGGCCUCGUCCUACUCCUUGCCAUUGGCUGCUUGAUCUAA